AUGCCUCAAGUAGCUGCCAGCUCAUCCAACGUGGGUCCGUCCUCUGCUGCCGCAUCAUCGGCCAGCCAUGUGCAAGAGGUAGCCAAGAGCGCAUCGGACCCACCCAAGCACACUUCCUUCUCCUCGAUUGGCAUUUCACCGAUGCUCAUUCGCAGCCUGGCUUCACUUCAAAUCAAGGUGCCUACGCCAAUCCAAUCGCUCACCAUUCCAUCUGUGCUCGAAGGCCGUGACCUUGUCGGUGGCGCCCAGACGGGUUCUGGCAAGACGCUCUGCUUUGCGCUACCAAUCCUCAACAAGCUCAUCAAAGAUAUGGUCGGUGGUUUCGCCGUAGUACUCACGCCAACGCGCGAGCUUGGAGUGCAACUGCACGAACAAUUCGUUGCUGUCGGAGAAGGUGCGCGCAUGGGUCUUCGGUGUGCACUUGUGCUCGGCGGCAUGGACAUGAUGAAGCAAGCUUCUGAACUCGCCAACCUUCGACCACACGUCAUUGUCGCCACUCCUGGUCGUCUUGUAGAUCACCUGCGCAGUGGAGGUGGAGAAGAGUGGGGCCUCAGAAGGUGCAAGUUUCUGGUGCUCGAUGAAGCAGAUCGACUUUUGACAGACACGUUUAAGCCAGAGCUUGAGUACCUGUACUCUGUAUUGCCAAGUGCAAAGACGCUCCAGACAUUGCUUUUCACAGCGACGUUGACGGAGCAAGUGGUCGAAUUUGCAAAUGCCAAGAGACCCGAGGGAAAGCCGGCGCCGAUGGUGUGCAAAAUCGAAAUGGACACAAAGACGCCCGAGACGUUGGAGCAGAGGUAUGUAUUUGUACCCUCACACGUCCGCGAGCCAUACCUGUACCACAUUCUGCGUCAUCCGCCCAUCAAGCCGAGCUCGGAACGCGUACGCAAGCUCAAUGCGAAACAUCAGGCGGAUCGAGAACGGAAAGAGGAAAACCAACGGAAGAGCGGCAAACGACGUCGUACACACCACGCAUCUGAUUCCGACUUGGAUCAAGAUGAUGACGCUGCGCUAUUCCUACCGGCAACGAUUAUCUUCACCGCCCGAUGCAAGACAGCCGCUACGCUGUCCGGAAUGCUAGCCGAACUGGGUAUCCCCAACGUCUCGCUUCAUUCGCAUCUGCGUCAAUCGGAACGCUCCGAGAAUCUGCAAACGUUUCGCGCACAGCGUGUGCCUGUGCUGAUCGCCACCGACGUCGGUUCGCGAGGUCUCGACAUUCCGGACGUCGAACUCGUCAUCAAUUGGGACCUUCCCUCGGCGUGGCAAGACUACGUCCAUCGCGUCGGUCGUACCGCUCGUAACGGCAAACGUGGCUUCGCCAUCUCGUUCAUCACCGAACGCGACAUCGACGUGAUCCACUCGAUCGAGGACAAGAUCAACACCAAGUUGACACAGCUCGAAGGGCUGGAGGACGAAGACAAGAUUCUAGAAAAGUUGAAUGCCGUGGCUACUGCCAAGCGCGUCGCCACGAUGGCGCUGCACGACUCUCAGUUUGGAGAGAGACAGCAGAGGAAUCAGCACAAGCAACUGGCCAGACUCAAGGCCGAAAAGAGGGCUAGCAAGAAGGCCAAGAGUGCGGGCCAUGAUCAACAAUAG